UUAUCAGCAGAGAUCGGUCAGUGUCACAAACGUGUCCCCCGAGAAUGACAAGCAAAACCAACUACUUCCACGCACGGACGCUCCCUCUCUCUUGAAGAGAUUUUUACUUUCAUGCUUAUUUCCUUGAACUCUUUCAGAGAAACUCUGUUUCCUUGGUGUAUAGAGCCAAAAGAAGCCUGCACAAGAAGACUCCCUGUUCCCAUCUGUUCCGUCCUGUCCUGUUACAGAGCCUUCGUCUUUGCUCCAGAAACCGACUCGGGAUAGGUCGUCUCUGGGUUUUGGUACUGGGUACGUGAGAUUUCUUGUGGGUUUUGUGAUCCUGUGGCUGGGGCUGAAUCUCUCCUCAAGCUGACCCCACUUCGGAUUUCAGUGACAGAAUUUUUAUUGGUGGGAAAAGUUAUAGUUGGAUUGUACUAGACUUCAAGUGAAGAUCAAAGUUGAGAUUUUGGGUUUCGUUCACUUCGUGUUAUUUCAGAUUGGUUUAGUUUGCGGGUUCUGAGUCUGUUUUCCGGUUUCGGAGUGAGAGACCGAGAAAAGUGGUAUCAGAUAGGGUAGGUGCUGAGAGCUGCAGAAUCGUUUGAACUGAGUUUCAAAUGGCUUCAAGAGUGGAGGUUGAUGAAGACAGUGAUAACAACAAAGGCAGUAUGUGGGUGUUGGAUCAGAAGCUUGAUCAACCUAUGGAUGAGGAGGCUGGAAGGCUUAGAAAUAUGUACAGAGAAAAAAAAUUCUCUGCGGUAUUGCUUUUACGGCUUGCAUUUCAAAGUCUUGGAGUGGUUUAUGGAGACUUGGGCACUUCUCCCUUGUAUGUUUUUAAAAAUACAUUUCCGCACAAAGAAAUUGAAGAUCCCGAGGACGUGAUUGGAGCCCUUUCCUUAAUUAUAUACUCCCUUACUCUUAUUCCACUCCUCAAGUAUGUUUUCAUUGUUUGUAGAGCAAAUGACAAUGGUCAAGGUGGAACAUUUGCUCUUUAUUCAUUGCUUUGUCGACAUGCAAAAAUAAAAACUAUACCUAACCAACACCGAACUGAUGAGGAGCUAACAACGUAUAGUCGUUCUAGUUUUCAUGAACAAUCAUUUGCUGCAAAAACUAAGAGGUGGUUGGAGAAAUAUGCAUGUAGGAAAAAUGCACUUCUUAUUCUUGUCCUUGUUGGCACUUGCAUGGUGAUUGGGGAUGGGAUUCUGACUCCAGCUAUAUCAGUUCUAUCCGCUGUUGGGGGAAUCAAUGUAGGAAACAACAGAAUCAAUAAUGGUGUCAUUGUGCUUGUUUCCGUUGUAAUAUUAGUAGGAUUGUUUAGCUUGCAACACUAUGGUACAGAUAGAGUUGGUUGGCUCUUUGCUCCUAUUGUUCUGCUUUGGUUUCUCUUAAUUGGAGGUAUAGGCAUGUUCAACAUCUGGAAAUAUGAUAGAAGUGUUCUGAGAGCUAUCUCACCUCUUUACAUAUUCCGUUAUUUUAGAAGGAGAGGGAAAACUGGCUGGACCUCCCUUGGAGGUAUUAUGCUUAGUAUAACAGGCACAGAGGCACUUUUUGCCGACUUAGCCCAUUUUCCUGCUUCAGCUAUACAGAUUGCUUUCACCAUAGUUGUCUUUCCUUCACUUCUUUUAGCCUAUUCUGGACAAGCUGCCUACCUUAUGAAUCAUAGAGAUCAUGCUGUCGAUUCAUUUUAUCGUUCUAUUCCAGAGAGUAUAUAUUGGCCGGUAUUUCUUGUUGCAACUGCAGCAGCUAUAGUUGCAAGUCAGGCAACCAUAUCUGCAACGUUUUCAAUAAUUAAGCAGGCUCUUGCACUUGGCUGUUUUCCAAGAGUUAAAGUUGUACAUACAUCCAAAAAGUUCCUUGGCCAAAUAUAUGUUCCAGAUAUUAAUUGGAUCCUUAUGAUUCUAUGCAUAGCUGUGACUGCUGGGUUCAAAAAUCAAGUCCAAAUUGGAAAUGCUUAUGGUGACACAGCAGUGGUAAUAGUCAUGUUGGUAACCACAUUGCUCAUGAUUUUAAUCAUGCUAUUAGUUUGGCGCUACUGGAUACUUGUCCUCAUCUUCACAUUCCUAUCGCUGGUUGUUGAGUGCACUUACUUUAUUGCUGUACUCUUCAAGGUUGAUCAAGGUGGGUGGGUUCCCCGUAUUGCAGCAGCAUUUCUUCUCAUCAUGUACGUAUGGCAUUAUGGUACAGUGAAACGCUACCAGUUUGAGAUGCACAGUAAGGUGUCAAUGGCGUGGAUUCUAGGGCUUGGCCCCAGUUUAGGACGUCGUGUCCCUGGGAUUGGGCUCGUGUACACUGAACUAGCAAGUGGGGUUCCCCACAUCUUUCACUUCAUCACAAAUCUGCCUGCCAUCCACUCUGUUGUCGUCUUUGUCUGUGUGAAAUAUCUUCCAGUCUCAGUCCGAGAAGAAGAGAGAUUUCUUGUGAAACGGAUUGGACCCAAGAGUUUUCACAUGUUCCGCUGUGUAGCGAGAUAUGGUUAUAAAGACCUGCACAAGAAAGAUGAUGAUUUCGAGAAUAAGCUGUUUGAUGCCCUCUUCUUGUUUGUCCGGCUUGAAUCCAUGAUGGAAGGGUGUUCAGACUCUGAUGAGUAUAGUCUCUAUGGUCAACAAACCCAGCGGUCGAGAGAUGGUCUGCUUGACAACAAUGGCAACUCAAGUUCUUCCAAUAUGGACCCAACUAUUUCAUCAGUGGACUCGAUUGUUCCUGUUAGAUCCCCCUUGCAUGUAAACAGAACUGUAGGUUCAUCCGGUCGGGCAAGUGCCCAGACUGAGAUUGACGAGUUGGAAUUUUUGAAGAACUGUAGAGAUGCUGGGGUGGUUCACAUUCUGGGAAACACAGUGGUGAGAGCAAGGAGGGAUUCAAAAUUCUACAAGAAGAUAGCUAUUGAUUACAUAUAUGCAUUUCUUCGGAAAAUGUGCAGGGAAAACAGUGUGAUCUUCAAUGUACCUCAUGAGAGUCUUUUGAAUGUUGGCCAGGUUUUCUUUGUAUGAUGUUUUGGUGAUAAUAUAAGUAAAUUAUAUUUGGUCGUG